AUGCAGAUGACAAUGAAAUCUCUUCUCUGCAUGGCUUUUUUGCUCUUUUCUUCUCUUUUGCUGAGGAAUACGAUAGUCGUCAAUGCAGGGUCGGUGGUGAAGAUGGUGGUGGUGGAUCUUCAUGGCCACGGGGACUUCACUUCUAUACAGAAGGCUAUCGACUCUAUUCCAGAUGGCAAUAAGGAUUGGACCAAAAUUUAUAUUAAAGCUGGAGUUUACUCGGAGAAAGUGAACUUAACCAAAAACAAGGGCCGCCUUGUCUUCGAAGGAGAUGGCCCCUCUUACACCAAAAUUCAAUGGGGCGAUCACUGCAGUCUUAGCAAAGUCUCCCAAACCUCUGAUACUGCCACCUUCACUUCAGCAGCCACCGACGUCGUCUUUAAGAGAAUAACUUUCAUGAAUACUUAUAACGACAUAGCAAACCCUAGAAUAGCAGUCGCCAUGUUAGUCUCUGGAGACAAAACUUCCUUCUAUGACUGCUCGUUCGUAGGAAUACAAGACACCUUAUGUGACCUGCAAGGUAGGCACUAUUUCAAAAACUGCCAAAUUGUGGGUGCUGUUGAUUUCAUCUUUGGCUUCGGGCAAUCUAUCUAUGAGAGAUGCCAGAUAGUAACAAGUAGAGGGCUGCUUGUGCCAGGUUGGGUGACUGCUCAUGGGAGAUAUGAACCGCUGCAACCCACCGGGUUUGUAUUUAAGAAUUGUAGCUUGACGGGCUUCUCGAAGGUUUAUCUUGGACGAGCAUGGGGAAGAUAUUCAAGGGUUGUAUUCUAUAACACUUUUAUGGCAGAUAUUGUUCUUCCUAAAGGAUGGGAUAGCUGGCAUACGCCUGACCAUGGGAUUAAUACAAACUAUGGAGAAGCUGGUUGCACUGGACCUGGCGCGGAUACUAGAGCUAGAGUUCCAUGGGAGAAGAAGCUUAAUCCCAAAUAUAUCCAACAAAUUACAAGUAUAACUUUCAUUGAUAGCGAAGGCUGGCUUAUCAACCAGGGACGAUGA